AGAGUGGAGACAGCGCUUGCUCUCCGAAGGGAUGGCCGUUGUGUCUGGGGGAGACUGGUAUAAUAGUUCAUCUAGGUCCAUUGUGUCCGACCCAGAUCCGCCACAGGGACUGCUACCUCCGUCUGAAGACGACGUCGGAAGAAGGUGGAGUGGAGCUUGUCCUGGUGAGCAAACGUCUUGAGGAUAUUGAAAGCAGGGUUCUGGCCACCGCUAUGUGCACGUCCACUUUGUCAACGUCCAUCGAUCUGGACGACUCCCGGAUGGACGUCGAGGAUCUUCCGGAAUUGCUGCAAAACCUUCUGGUCUCCAUUGAGCACGCCGUGGACAGAGUGCCUUUGGAUGACCUCACCUUCCCGUGUCCCCAGUGCCUCAGGUACUCUCCAAUGGAUGAUGCCGAGUGCUCAGUCUGCUCAUGCCAUUGUCCCUGCAGUCCCAAACCCCACGGAGAUCUCGUCCAUCUUCAGCAACCAUCCACGGUUCAACACACUAGUCCCAUGUUCGAGUUCGCCGGAUCCAUUCCCCACAUCGACAGCGACGAAGACGACGACAAAGACUCUCUCAACUCAGGGGCCGCGUCUAGAAAAUCCCAAGAGCUGUUCAGGCCCACGAGGAUCACGGAUCUGCCCGAGAAGCUGCUCAUGUCUGGGAUCAAUUUGCCAGGAACCGUGGACACCGAAGGUAGACCGAUAAUCCUCUGCUACGCCGAAUGCAUAGCCCGAGCCGGCCUCAACAAAUUCGAAAUAGCCAAGCUGUUCCUCUACUACGCCUCCAUACCAAGUGCGGAUUACUCCGAAAAAGGGUUCACCAUUUUACUGCUGGCCGAGAACGACGAGCAGAACGUGAUUCUGGAAACCUUGGAUAAAGCAGUGUGUUUGCUGCAGAAUCACAUCAGGCUGUCGCGAAUCAUCGUGUGGCGGCCGGGCGUAUCCAAGAAGACGCUCAAGGGCCUCAACAGUCGUACUCAGGCCAACUUGGUGAGCGACGAGGAAUCCCUGCAGAAGUUCAUCAGCAAGAGGCAAACCCCUGCAAGCUGCGGAGGCUCCUCCACCCAGCACGAUCAGCUGGAAUGGGUCGAGUUCUUCCGACAACUAGAGCCGUUCCUCGUGAUGUGCCGUACAGCCGGUAGGGCUCUGCUCUCCGCCCUGUCACAGCUCAGACACGAAGAAAUCCCUUACCAAAUAACAAGGAGAUUUCUCAAUCACCAGUGCAGACAAAUCGCUCAGGCAGUUCAGUUGGAGGUACUGAAAGGUGUCAGACAGGAGGGUCCAGGGACUUUGGCCAGUUUAGAGGAACGAGCGCAGUGGUUGUCAGGUAGUGGUGACGUGCGAAGAGGCGUUGAAUCCGCCAGGAAAUCGUUUGCUACUAUGGAGAAGGUGGCCACGCGACUGGAGCACCUCGCGUGCGAGCGGAAGGAACGUCUGAAGGAGUUGAGCAGACUGAGAUCGCUUCAGGAUGAAGCCGAAGAGCUGUUGAACUGGCUCAGGAAAGAGGGCGAGGAAACCAUCAAGAAUCAGUUCAUUUUACUGCGAACCGCGGAGAACGUCGCCGCCAUCAAGGAGCUCGAGAAGAAUUUUGAAAAUUUUCAGUUCGAUGCAAUGAGACAAAUCGACAAGACGACGGAUCUGAUCGAAGAGUCCAACGGCAUCAAGGACAUCAAAGGAAAGAAUCUGAAGGAGCAGACGAACAAUUUGAAGAUCGAAGUGAAAGCUUUCGGUGAGAGAUUGGAAGAGUUGCGGGAACGUCUCGAGGACGGUUCCAGGUGUUUCCAGCUUCUGGAGUCGUGCCAGGACAUCCUGGAGGACGAUAACAAAGAGCGCGAGGAUUUUAAGAGGUUGGCCAUCAAAUCCGGCAACGAGAAGUUGAUCCAGAUAUGCGAAUCCUCGAAGAGUCCUAUCGACGAUGGGAUCAAUCCCUCGCAUUCUCCGCCACCUCCGGAGGGCGCGACCACGAAACCCGCCUGCCAGAUUCGGAGGAGAUCCGUCAGUUCUUACGCAUUCAUCUAUAAGUGCAACCAUCAUGCGGCCGGCGUCUCGUGCAACUGCUGCGAAUCCGACACCGAGAACACCGUAUCUUAUAAACUGAAGAAGAAGUACAUGCAGUCGCUGCAAGGAUGCGGAUGCUCAAAAGAGUCGCUCGAGCGGAAGAGCAGCGUGGUAACACUAGAUGGGAUCAAGGAAGUGCGUGAAAGUGUGGAGAAUCUGCUGGAGAACAUUGACACUGCAAGAGAUCGGUGCGGAAGAUGCGACAGCGGCGUGUCGACGGCAGAGAACUCCGUUGGGGAUGACAGUGGGUACAAGAAGAAGCUGGAACGAUCCUGCUCUUGCGCCUACUACCGAGAAAGCUGUCCGCUGUGUAGCACCAACAGCUCUAGCACGGGAUCCAACCAGGAUCACACGGAUAACCAGCAGGAUAGCAUCAUCGAGGAAGGUAGCGAUGGAUUCGUCAAAAGCAGUAGCAGUGAAGACAUAGAUUUCACCGAAGAACGCAGAAAGGUGUUACCCAUCACCUCGAACAGUCACCUCUACUACCACUCGUCCAUACUAGAUUUACCCAGCGACAGCUUCGACAUCAACACGGAUCCGAAAACGCAAAAAACUUUGCUGUAUAUAAUGCGAGAGAUGAUCCAAACCGAACGCGAUUACGUGAAAUCUUUGGAUUACGUGAUCGAAAACUAUAUUCCGGAGCUGCUGCGCGAAGACAUACCGCAGGCCCUCCGUGGUCAGCGUAACGUGGUCUUCGGCAACGUCGAGAAAAUCUACGAAUUCCACAGUCAACACUUCUUGCGCGAACUAGAGCAAUGCGAGAACCACCCUCUACAAGUCGGACAGAUCUUCACGAAGUACUAUAAGAGGUUUUACUUGUACGCUCUGUACAACAAGAACAAACCCAAGUCCGAUUCGUUGAUGUCGGAAUACGGAACUUCUUUCUUUAAAAGUAAACAAUUACAGCUAGGCGAUAAAAUGGACUUAGCCAGUUACUUGUUGAAGCCGGUGCAGAGGAUGGGUAAAUACGCUUUGCUCUUGCAGCAGUCGAUGAAGGCUUGUCCUGAACUGCAGCCUGGUGCGACCGAAAGAGCGCAGAACGAACAGGACGAGCUGAAGAUGGCCGAGCAGAUGGUCAGGUUUCAGCUGCGACACGGUAACGAUCUGCUCGCCAUGGAUUCCAUCCGAGAGUGCGAUGUUAAUCUGAAGGAGCAAGGACAGCUUCUCAGGCAGAACGAGUUUCUCGUGUGGGAAGGACGCAACGGGAGGAAAUCGUUGCGACAGGUUUUCCUGUUCGAAGAGUUGAUACUGUUCAGCAAGGCCAGAAGGUUCCCCGAUAGAAAGAAUCUGGAUUUGUACAUUUACAAGAACAGUAUAAAAAUGACUGAUAUUGGAUUGACUGCAAAGAUCGGCGAGAGUCCGACGAAAUUCGAGAUUUGGUUUAGGAAGAGGAAGCCCAACGACACGUUCACUUUACAAACGAUGUCCGAAGACGUGAAGAAGGCUUGGACCGAGGAGCUUUCUCAACUUUUAUGGAAACAGGCUUUCAGGAACAGAGAAGUUAGAAUGCAAGAGAUGUCCUCGAUGGGUAUAGGAAACAAGCCGUGCUUGGACAUUAGGCCCAGCAAAGACCAAAUUAGCGAUAGAUCAAUAAGCUUUGACCAAUUGUCCAGAACUGCACCGAGAUUUAGAAGCUCAAUUGUAGGGCCCUCCGCGACGGACUCGUGCAGAGGUAGCACCAGGAGGCCGCAUUCAGUUAUCUCCAUGUCGAGCGUGUCCAGCGGCAGCACGAGUUCUGCGGCAUCCGGACAUACGGCGACCACAUCUACAGCUUUGAUGGGAGGAGGCGGUGUCAAUACCGGAGGAGGUGUUGCAGGAGCAUGUGGAACAGCGUACGAGACGAACUGCGACAGCCCCAAAAACUACCACAGAUCUGGCACUUUAAACAGUCAAUGCUCUGUUGAAAGCGGAAUCAUCUCCGACGUAUCUUUAAGCCACGACGAGUGUUCGGACGGACAUUUACCAGCAUGGACGACGUCGCAGAAAUCCAGUCCGCCUCCAUCGAAUCAAAGUGAAUCGAAUCAAUACGUGCCAGACGAUAUACCUGUUAACAUUUAGUUUUACGAGAGAACAAACCAGACAUCAUCAUUGAUCCAACCACCCUCCCAGUAAUCCCCUUUAAGCAUGCUUAAAACAUCUCUCUUACUCUUUUUUUCCAACAUUUCUAUAUAUUAUAUAUAAAGAAAAAGAAAAGAAAAGCGACGACGAUAUUGUAAAUAGCCAAUACAGUUUGUUUUCUUCCGUUAUACUUAGUUCAUUCUUUAAUUUACUUUUUAAUUAAUUAAUCAAUUAAUAAUAACG